AUGGAUGAAUCCAAUGAUUCUUCAGUUUAUUCCGAAUAUUAUCAAGCCCCCGUGAAAAUAACAAAGGGCCUGAAUACGGGAAAAUGGAUGUCCAUCCUCUCAAUAUUAAAGAACGGAAACAACACAGAACAGGUGGUCUCAUUAACUGAACUGUCAAAUCUACUGAGCUACUCAAACGAAGAUUAUCUACUAGGAUUUCCAUCGAUGGCAUAUAUAAAGGUGUUAUUCCAUAUACUGGAAAAUCCAGAUGUAAAAUAUUCAAAACUUUAUCCGCAAAAUUAUGAGAAAGGCUCGGAAUCACAAGAUGGGAACCUGAGCCUGCAAUUGCCAUACUAUCACUUCUUAUCCUCAGUAUAUAAGGAUGAAAAGCUACUAAUGGAUAAAGUUUUCACAGAACAAAACUAUGAUGAUGAUGAUAAGGAGCUUCCAGAAGACAAUAAGGAAAAUUAUUCAGACUCAGGAAUGGACCUGGACGAAGAAGAAUACUUUGAGCCAGAUAGCGCCGUAUUAAUGAAUAAAAUGAUCUUGUCGGCAACAUGCCUUAACACGAUCCUGGAUAUAGUGCCCUAUACAUCACGUUAUUUUGCAAUGAAUGAUAACUUAACAAUACUAUGCAAUAAGCUUAGCGAUAUAGAGUACAUAGACUUAGCGGAGAGAAUACUCCUGAUCUUCGAAAAACUAUCCAGCGAGAUACCACUGAGCCUACUCAAGAAGUCGGUGCUGUACCAGAUGUUGCAGUACAUUGAUUUCUUCCCAACAGAUAUCCAAAUCUCGUCAUUCAACUCAGUGUUAAACGUAGUGAGACUAGUAGAUAACAAGGAUUAUUUCAUACAAUACAUAAUCCCAAUACUAAACACACUUUCAGCAUUCAUAGAAAACGAUAACAAGAAGCUGGUAGAUGUGGUAAUAACCAUUUGGAAGGAAAUCCUGUCAAUAGUGAUCAGAGAAGAUGACGAAGAACUGGUGUCAGAAUUCGUGUCAAAACUGUCAGAAAACAACUUUCUGGAAAAGAUACUGCAGCUCAUACUUUCACCAAAUAUGGGCAGAAAUGCAAUACUGGAGCACGUCUCAAUACUGUCAAGCCUAGUUCUAAUGUCGACUGAGAUGGUAAAGCAGCUGUUUAAUCAAAGUGACUCAGUACAAUAUGCUUUCCUACAUUUGGCAAAUAACAUAUUGUCUAACACAGCCAUAAAUUAUGAGGAAGAAGAUGAAUCCGAUGAAGAAUCUCACUUAGAUGAACCAGAUAACCCAGAACAACCAGAGUUAAAUGACACAAUGGACGUAGAUUUAACAGUUUCGGAAACUGAAGAUAAAAGUAAAGAUUUAGUUAAAGAAGACCGAGAUGCAUUCUUCAUUGAAAACCCGCAAUACUUUUCGACCAUCUUCGAGUUAUUGCCAUUAACGGACCUGUGCAAUUUAUAUUAUUUGUUAUCAAGUGAUAGACACAAAGCGUCAGUAAUAGGCCUAAUCCAUAACAUCCUGAGGAUAUCUAACAAGAUUGAAAAGUUCUCCAAGAUAGUACACAGCACACUGUCAGUGUCAAAAACCACAGAACUGGUAUCUACAUGUCUACUACAGGUGGAUUUAAACUCAGAAGAAACACUUAAUAACCUACUCGGGAUACUGGAAGUGCUGAUAAACAUGUAUGGAAACAAUGUAAUAGUUACAUUUCAAAGGUAUGGAAUAAAUGAAUAUUUAACCAAACUUGGACUCAAUAAACCAAAUACAAGUUCAAGUUCCGUAAAACUUAGACACAUAAAUGAGUUGGUGGAAUUGAUAGUUAGUAACCAAUCAAAUCAAGAGCAAAACACACAACACUCAUAUAAAUUAGAUCCAUCCCAAGAGGACUCAGAUUUAUUGUUUGAAAUCAGAACCAAUUUCGAUGUGUGGACACCAUACGAACUGGUGAACAACGUACCAAUCACACGACUAAACUUUUUCCAAAAUCAAGAUACAUUACACAAGUUUAUCAAAACACUGGUCAGCCAGUCGUUCACAACAACACACCUAAACAUAUUAUGGAAAGCAUUCCUAAAAAUAUUCCAGUCCCCAAAUUUGUAUAAUUCCUCAUGCAGUCCAAUAAAUCAGACUACCCCAACAAGCAGUAGCUCGAAUAAUUUUAAUGAUAACGUUACUAAUACAAGUAGUUUGAAGACACCACCACUAGAUUCGGAACAAGUGGUAUUAAAGAUAGAUGAAAAUUCUGUUAGUAAAGAGAAUAAUACAAGUAAACCGGAUCAUUCGUAUGAUUCCACACAUAAUAAACCUAAAAAAUCAGAUGUGGUGGUUAAAUCAAGUAAAACUGAAUACUUCAGUAAAAAUAAUGAAGGAAUACAUAUAUUAGGAAAUUUUGAUAAAAGGUAUAAAACAGGACUUGAAGGAGUACUUAAAAGGUAUGUUAACUCAUACUCAUCACAUCCAUUCAAUAUUCUACACUCUGAACUUAAGUUGAGACUUAGACCCAUGUUUUUAAGCAAUAAAUCUCCAGUUUCACCAACUAACACACCAGAAUCAAGUAAAAAACAAGAUAAGCUGGCAGAAAAAAUGGAUAAUGAUCAACAGAACGCAUCAGAUAAGGAUGCCGAUAGACUGUUGCCAAUAUCAGUUUAUGUGCCAUGUUUGGUAAGAAUGUCUAGAGUGGAAAACUAUAUUAAGCGUUAUGUGGAAAAGAAGAUUAAUAGUAAAGUUUUGGAUGUACUCAUAUACCUAAAUGGAGUGUGCCUGGGUUCAAACGUAACCAUUUAUGAGGCGUUGUGCAGAUUUGGAGGAUUCAACCCGAAGAAAAGGAGACAUAUACUAUCACAUACACAUAUGCUUAAGUACAAAUACACAUUAAAUCCAGAACAGUCAACAUCAAUGGAAAGCCAAAAUAGCGCAGAAUCAUCAGAAGAGACUAAAUUUGAAGGUAAUUUAAAUGUCAGUGGCGCAAAAUCCCCAGAACAAGGUUUGAAAAUAUAUACCUUAUACAAGGGAAGUAAGUACAACUUUAAUUCACUAUUGGAAGAUUUAAGCCAAUUUCUGAGUAAAGAUAAUGAGAAUACAGAUACAAGUUUAGAUAGAGUUAACAAAUUUGAUGAAACUGAAGAGGAGUUAAAGUUGAAUGAACAGGAAUAUAUUCACAAGGACGACAGUACUAUAGCUACCACGGGCAGGUGUGACGAGUGCAGCAAUGCAAAUACUGAAUUGGAUACAAAUUAUUUAGACUCAAACAAACUAAUGGACAUUUAUGAAAGGAAUAAUAAAAUGGAUGACCUUUAUACAAAGGCAACAACUGAAUAUCUAAAUAGUUUGUGUAACCAAAAGGUUGUAGAGAAUAAAAAUGAUUCAAUGGAUGAGUCUAUAAUGAAUGAAAAUAAUGAAGGAUAUAAUUUUGACCUUUCAAACCCAAUAAUUUACACAAAACUGCCAAGCGAAACAGUCCUGGACGAAGCCAAAAGUGAUCACCUAAAGUAUUUAAUGAAGCUGGCAGAGUAUGACCACGAAAGAAUAAGUUUGAUAAUGGGCGAAGAUAGCAAUUUUAGUGAUUUCUUACUUGAGUGCGCAUUCCCGAUUUUCCCAGCCAAAUUCCCAUACGAUAAGAAGAUUCUGCUGAGAAUACUGUCAAUUUUUGAAAAUCUGAUCCACAAACUAAACCCGGAAUCUGAAAUGGGGGAUAUGGUUUCAGAUAAUUCACAAGUUGAGUCAAUUAAUAAUGAUAAAACAGAGUUGAAUGAAUUGAGUAAUGGAACACAAGAAGAUCAGAGAGGAAUGAAACUAGUAGUUAGUUCACCUUUAUCAUUGAAGUUGCUUUCAGCAUGUAGUGAUUUGAGCAGGAGUUUGUGCUUUGGUUGUGAAUACUGGGUCCAGUCUGCAUUAUCAUGCCCAUCAAUAUUCUCGCUAAGGUCGAGAACGAUCCUUUUCAGGAUGAACACAGUGGGUCUACACCGCAACCUUUCGCACUUCCAUAAUAAGCUGAAGAAUUUAUCAAACGAUGGAGUAACUGAGCCAUUUGACGAUUACCUGUUCGAGUAUGUGGCAAAUAACAAAGUGAGAUUCAUAGACGAAGAAGUUAAGAUACCGAAGCUGAAGAUUUUAGUGGACAGAGAAAAUCUGUUAGAAGACGCAAUGACAACCUUUGAAAACGUUCAAAAUAACCCGAAACUUGAAAUCGAGUACAAAAAUGAGGUUGGGAUAGGUUCAGGACCUACAUUGGAAUUUUUUACAUUAAUUUCUGAAGCAUUUGCAGAAUUUCAGACACCCAGGCUCCUGGAAUGCGUUUCUGGAUAUCAUUUCCCCUCACCGCACAGUAUAGACUCACUGAAUAUGGACUCGCUCGCAAAGUUUUUGUCAAAACCCCAAGAAUCAGAACCUUUGGUUUCAGACACAUGUAUGUCCACUGAUAGUCAAAAUGAUGAUCUCCCACUACUGUUGUUCAAGCUGUUUUCGUUUUUGGGAAAGGUGUGCGCAUACGUAAUGCUGGACGAUAAAAUGUUUGACCUCUUUUUUCACCCACUGUUUUGGGAUCUCGUCAAGUACCCAAAUAAGCCACAGAAUUUAACGCUGGAAACUUUGGCGAAAGUUGAUCCAGACCUGGCAAAAUCACUGGAACAAAUUAGAGAACACCCUGACCCAAUCCAACUGCACCUGGUUCACGAAUAUAAAGGCUAUGAGUUGUUUAAAGGAGGGUCUAACGUGUAUGUUAAUAAAGAAAAUGUAGAAGAAUACGUGCAACUAAUUGUAGACUUUAAGCUGUUACACGGAAUUAAGUUACAGAUUUGGGCAUUUCGAUAUGGAUUUAGCUGCGUUCUGCCGUUGUAUAGCCUGUGGUUCUUCACGGACUCGGAGCUCAGCGAAGUCAUUUUUGGCAACAAAAAGAACCAGUCGAGGUUUUGGACCAUGGAGCAUCUAAAGAACUAUAUAGUACCGGACCACGGAUACGACACUAACAGUAAAGUCUAUAACGACCUGAUAACAAUUUUACACAACUUUAACGAUGAAGAAAAAAGACUUUUUCUCAAGUUCACAACGGGGUCGCCACUGUUGCCAAGAGAGGGAUUCAAAUCACUAGUACCAUUGAUGAGAGUGGUUAAGAAGGGGAAUGCAGACGAGUUGCCUAGUGUAAUGACGUGCACGAAUUAUCUCAAAAUGCCAGAAUACACAAGCAUCGAAGAGAUGAAGAAUAAAUUAAUCAAGGCAAUCGAGGAGGGGCAAAACGCCUUCAACCUUUCCUAA